GGAGGAGGGGAGGGAGAAGGAGCGGGCGAGCGGGCCCGCCGGCCUCCGCGCCCGGGCGGCGUGACCCUCCCGGGAGGCGGGGUGAAGAUCCGGGGUCCCGGGCCCGCCGCGCCACACAAGUGCCCGGGGACCCGCGGGCGCCGCCUUCCCGCGCUUUGCCCGGGAUUCUCCGGAGACUCUCGGGCCCCGCCGCCUCCUGCGCGCAGUGGUCACGUCCCGGGAAAGGUUGCCCGCAUUUGCCCGGUCGUCGUGUCACGCCAGCUCCGCGCCGGGCAGGGAGGGCGGAGGCGCUUAUGAAUGGGAGACCCUCGCAGGUUGUUGUGGCAGAGUCAGCGAACGUUUAGGGCCGGGAAGGCAACAAAGUUGGUAGUCGUCUCCCUAAGCUGCCCCUUGUGCGGAUCAGGAUCCCGAGCCUCGGAGCAGGAGCUCCCGAGCCAGCUGCUGAGCGGCGAGACUGGUUUGCAUCCCAGCGCCCGUGGGCCCCACCAGCUCUGGGUGCUCGGAUGGCGGGCGCCAGCUUCGGCCUUGGAGCUGGAAUCUUCCCGGAGCAAUUCGUGUUACCUAGUGGGGAAUGCGGCCUCCUCGGAUUCUCCCACACAAGUUAAUUUCCCGAAGGAAUGGAAAAGAUACAUGGUCGGCGCUGUUUCUUCUGGAGUCAGACUCCGGUGUAGUUUGAAGGAAGGGUAAAGGGACGCUGAAAGGAUUCCGUUUUUCUCUUCCAGUUGGUACCGAAGGCUCACGAAUCGGUUUAAUUAACGCAAGUUGAUCAGUCUGGCUGCCUCCACGCCCCAUGCCUCCUUCAAGCCAAAGCUACGCGUAAUUUGAAACAGAUGCCCCUUCUGAGUUAAUCUGUUAGGACUGUUAACUGUUCUAAUAAUUCUACAAGUAGUUAUUUGUAGGAGUUGAUGUGUUUGUUUGACUUGCCUAAGAGGGUUGAAUUCGCAUUAACGACACAGUACCAUCUGCUGUGCCUCUUCUAAGAAAGAAAUGUCCGCCCCCCAAGGGAAUGAGCUGCAUUGGAUGUGCCCUGUCUGUGACUCCUUUCCCCGCUUGUCUCCAUUUUCCUCUAAAAUGCAGGGUUGGCUGUUUUUGUUUUUGUUUUUUUUUUUUGCGGUCGGACCCGCAGGCCCAGCAGCCAUGGCUCACGGGCCCAGCCGCUCCGCGGCAUGUGGGAUUUUCCCGGACCAGGGCACGAACCCGCAUCCCCUGCAUCGGCAGGCGGACUCUCAACCACUGCGCCACCUGGGAAGCCCUGGUUGGGUGUUCUGUUUUCUCUUUUUGGCCAGGUGGGAAUACUCUGCUUGAUAGGAACAGACCCAAAAGGCAAGACUUGAGUUGAAUCCUGUCUCUGCUACGGACUUGUUGUAUGACCUUGGACAAGUCCUUGUCUUCCUCUGGACUCAGCUUUCCACUGGAAAAGGAAGAGAUUGGGGAUAUGAGGUGCCCAUCGUAAGCUUGUGAGAGUUGCCCUCCACGGAGCCCAGCAGAGGAGUGGGCAAACAUGAAAUCCAGUCCUGCCAUCCAAGCUGCCAUUGACCUCACGGCGGGGGCCGCAGGGGGCACAGCAUGUGUACUCACCGGACAGCCCUUCGACACCAUGAAAGUGAAGAUGCAGACGUUCCCCGACCUGUACAGGGGCCUCACUGACUGCUGCCUGAAGACCUACUCCCAGGUGGGCUUCCGGGGCUUCUACAAGGGGACCAGCCCAGCGCUGAUUGCCAACAUCGCCGAGAACUCCGUCCUCUUCAUGUGCUACGGAUUCUGCCAGCAGGUGGUACGGAAAGUGGUUGGAUUGGAAAAGCAGGCAAAGCUGAGUGACCUGCAGAACGCAGCCGCUGGCUCCUUUGCCUCUGCCUUUGCUGCUCUGGCCCUCUGCCCCACCGAGCUCGUGAAGUGCCGGCUACAGACCAUGUAUGAGAUGGAGACGUCGGGAAAGAUAGCCACAAGCCAGAACACAGUUUGGUCUGUCGUGAAGAGUAUCCUUAGCAAGGACGGCCCCUUGGGCUUCUACCAUGGACUCUCGAGCACUUUACUUCGAGAAGUGCCGGGCUACUUCUUCUUCUUCGGGGGCUAUGAGCUGAGCCGAUCGUUUUUUGCAUCGGGGAGAUCAAAAGAUGAGCUAGGCCCUGUCACUUUGAUGUUAAGUGGUGGAUUUGGUGGAAUCUGCCUCUGGCUUGCUGUUUACCCAGUGGAUUGUAUCAAAUCCAGAAUUCAAGUUCUCUCCAUGUCUGGAAAACAGGCAGGAUUUAUUGGAACUUUUAUAAGCAUCGUGAAAAAUGAAGGAAUAACGGCCUUAUAUUCUGGACUGAAACCUACCAUGAUUCGCGCGUUCCCUGCCAAUGGGGCGCUCUUUUUGGCCUAUGAGUACAGCAGGAAGUUGAUGAUGAGCCAGUUUGAAGCAUACUGAAGUGUUCUGGCAAACCGUGAUCCAAGUGAAGCUGUUUGAGGACUGCAGUUCUCAGGGUUUCGAGGAGUACAAGACCAAUAUGGAAUUUUUUGCUUUUGUGGGAAUUUUUUUUGUGUCUUCCAUUUUUCUACCUUCUACCUUAAACUUUAUAGAAGAGCUUCUCUUUUAUAUUAUAUAAUUUCUGCCCAUAAUUGUAGUGAAAUGGAAAAGUUGCUGCUCUUGUCCUUGGUGGGACAUACAGGGUGGGCUGCUGGCCCUAGGUACCUAAUCUGAAAGGCUAAGUAGAGCUCUAUCAAGGGCUUUUGCAUAAACCUGUAUGUGUACAUGCAGUUUAGAUGGUUCUGUGUUGUGAGUGAAGCACAAUUUAGUUCCAUGUUUAAUCUCAGAUCUCACUAGAAUAAACCAGAGGUAAGCAUGUUUCAUGAGGAUGGUUAUAAAUGCUUAAUCCAUUCUAGAUGUGGGUCUCUUUUAAAAUCUGCUUAGCACGUACCCUAUAAUAAUUGGUUAAAGUUUUAAAAAAGUUUUCCUGUGGUGCUUGAAAACUAAGGGGUCCGUCUAGAUUCUAAAGAGGAGAAUAUACCUGCAUACUGGUGUGGCUCCCGUGUUCUUGGUUUAAGUUUCAGAGUAAGCGUCCUGGAUUUUCCCAAGGUGCUCCUCUGUGGCAACAGUGCCAUCCGUCUUCUUCCAGGUGGGAUCACAGUCCAGGCGGGAUCACAGUCCAGGCUUGGACACAUUGUUGGUGUGGCCCAGAGCCUUUGGGAAGCAGCACGGCCCUCGCCUGUGCCAGCCCCUCCUCCCGUCCCAAGGAGCUCCUCUCUGCUGGGCUUGAGCUCAAGGCAGGGGCUGAGGGGAGGGGCCUGGGCUGCUCUGUUUAGACUGUGGCCGACAGCGGCCUCGAGCUUCUGCCUCUGUGUGUCCUGGCCUGGGCGGGAUCCCAGAGAAGUCUGUGGGACCACCUGUGGGGCUGCUGAUCCACUCUGGACCACGCCCUUCUUGCCUCUGCCCAUCGGAAGCCCUUCCAGGGAGCAGCGUGCCAAAGCCGAGAGAGGCCCUGGCUCCCCGUCUGGGGACGGAGUGGUGGUGCUUGUGGGCAAAGUGGUCUCCUUUCAGGGGGAACCAGAGUGUCGUGCUUGCACUCCCCGUGAGGGGUGUCAGGGCUGACCCAGGCUGAAGUUUGUCUCGGGAUCCCUCACUCCUUGCCAUGCUGGAGCCUUUCAUGUGGGGUACUGGCUGUUGUGAAUUUCAGUGAUGGUGGUCUCUGGGGUGUGACUUAAUCAGCGAAGCAAAGGUAAUUUCAUUAAACUAUGCCGUACGUAUGCACUACUAACAAACCCUGGUUCAUCUGACUCCUGUAGACUUGGGAUGGGCAGCUGUUCCCUGGUCGUCUGGUUUACGGGAGCCCUUGUCGUCACCAGUGAGGUCAGCCGCCUCAUUCUGUGCUGCUCCGAGACCCCCCAGGCCUCUAAUAAAGAGUGCUUCAUCCGCCCCCGCGGCUGAUGUGGUGAUCAUGAUCCACACUGGUACGUCCGCCCCUGCCGGCAGAACGGAAGCCGUGUGUGAGACCUCCAGUUUGCACACGUGUUUGUUCUCCCUGCAGGCUCGGUGGCGACUCCGGCCAGAAGCCAGAGAGGGUCGGGAAGGCCAGCUGCUGGCAGACGUUUAGUGGAGGGGGGAUGCCCGGUGUUGUGCCCGAUGGGCUCCAGAGCUAUGCCUGGCCUUCCGUUUGCCUCUUCUUGAAAAGCAAUUUUUCUACCUUACUUUUGUCCGUACUUCAACGGUCAGUAGCUACUGAGUGGUGCUUCUUCUGAACAGGCCUGGAUUGAAGCAAAAACAGCAAAUGGGACUGGCUUCCCUCAGGAAGUGACCUGCUCCAGAGCCCACCGGGCCCCUUUGUCUAAGCCCUGUUGGCAGUAGGUCUUCUCACGUGUUGUCCUGUGAACAUUUAACUGAAUAUCUUCAACAGAAACUGUCUAAGGCAAGUAAGAGUGAGUGGGAGUAGUGAAUGGAAACUUAACACAGAGUUGGUGUUUUUUACGUUUCAUUCUGUUUGCUUAAUUCAUGGCUCAGUAUUUGGGUACAAUUUGUACCAUUUCAAAUCUGUACUCCAGACAAAAAUAGAGUAACUUGAAAUACUGUGUUUAAAGAAAUUCUCGUGUUCUAUCAUUAAAUUUGCCUAAUAGUUGACUAUAUGGUUUGUUUAAGUACUUUACGUGCUAAGAACCAACUGUCAGGAAUGUUUGAGUUAUGUAUGGUGAUAUUUUAAGGUGAUGGUUUUAUUGCAACGAGCAUUGGUUUUUUUUGUCAGCAAGAUUCCUGAUGUAAAAUAACUACUGAUAUAAAUACAUAUUCUGUAUACACUGCAGUUACGAAACGUGGCCCACUAGAAUUACUCUCCCUCCACCAGGCUCUGUAUGCGAUGUGACUGAUUUGGCAGGAUGCCAUUCUAUUUUUUAAAAUAAACUUCUGGAUAUCAA